CUUGCAAACCGUAUUCACACCGUCGCCUUGGUCGUUUCUCUUGUUCCGUCCCUCGUCCCAGCUCACUUCCCCCAUUUACCUUCCAUCGUAGCCGUUGAAACCUGCCGACACAGCAGCAUGGUUCACCCUUCCUUGAUCGCCGCCUAUCUAGAGUUUCCCUAUGAGCGAGGCGUCACCCUUGGGCCAAGACCAUGUUCUGGACUGAAGAACGGACCCACAAAAGGCUGUGCGACUCAGAUGCCUCACCGAUCGCUGAUGCUAGCAUCGUGUCGUUCGUUCAUUGAAAGCGUCACCCUGGAAGCCUGUGAUGAAGAAACUACGAGUUCAAGCAUUUUCGAAAGGAAAAAUCCCAUGGCACAUCUGUACACCCUGUCACCCCUUAUAUUGCCAACGAGAUUGUUUGCCACACUGCUAGGCUCAUAUCGCAGCUCCAAGACGUUCCAUUCGCCAUGUUGGGGAAAGAGGCACGCGCCUAGGGGAAGACUUGCCCUAGGAGAGUCGAUAAAUCCUGCAUAUCAGGGUCACGCUUCGCUUUGGUUCAUGUCCCGCAGGGGUCCAUCCCAGAGCGCGUCCUCAUUGAACGACCUCUAUAACCUUGAGAGCCCGAGGCUAUAGGGAUUGGGCUAAGAGAAAGGGUCCGGUGAGGUGAACGAGUAAUUGCUGUCUC